ACCUGGAUCUGAACCAGAACCUGAUCCUGAUCCAGAACCUGCAUCCAGCUGUGUGUCCUUUAAGAGCGACUGGUCCAAGGAUCUUGACAUUAAUUUUAAAUCGAAUCGUUCAUCAAAAGAACGGAUCCAUCAGAACCCAGAACCAGGACCAGGACCAGGACCAGAACCAGGACCAGGACCAGGACCAGGACCAGGACCAGGACCAGAACCAGGACCAGGACCAGGACCAGGACCAGGACCAGAACCCAGCUGUGUGUCUGUGAGGAGUGACGGCUCAAAGGGCGGCAUCAUUAACUUUAAAAGACGACUGCGCUCUGCUGGAAAGAAGAUUCACCAGAAACUCAGACAUGGACCUGAAUCUGGAUCUGAUCCUGGACCUGAACCCAGCUGUGUGUCCUUUAAGAGUGACCAGUCAAAGGAUCUUUAUAUUGACUUUAAAGGAGAACAACCUUCUUCUUCAAAGAGAGUGGAGCAGCAGAACUCAGAGGUUCCCAGAGCUCAGUCUGUCCAGCAGCAUCACCUGGACUCCAUAUUCAUGCUGCUGGAGGACAACAUGGUGACUUUUGUGAAGAAGGAGCUGAAGAAGAUGCAGAAGGUUGUGAGUCCAGAUUACCCAGAAUGCUCAGAGAGUCAGAGGGAGGAUGAGGAGGAGUUGGAGGGUGAUGAUGAAGAUGAGAGGAGCAGCAGAGAGAUGUUUGAGCAGAUCACAGUGUUGUUCCUGAGGAGGAUGAAGCAGGAGAAGCUGGCUGACUGUCUGCAGAGCAAACUUGCUGCUGCUUGUAGACGUAAACUUAAACGUGGUCUGAAGAAGAAGUUCCAGAGAGUGUUUGAGGGCAUCGCUAAAGCAGGACAGAAGACCCUCCUGAAUGAGAUCUACACAGAGCUGUACAUCACAGAGGGAGGAACUGCAGAGGUCAAUGAUGAACAUGAGGUCAGACAGAUUGAAGCAGCAUCCAGGAAAGCAGACAGAGCAGAAAGAAGCAUCAGACCAGAAGACAUCUUUAGAGGCUCACCUGGAAGAGAUGGACCAAUCAGAACAGUGAUGACACAGGGAGUGGCUGGCAUCGGGAAAACAGUGUUAACACAGAAGGUGACUCUGGACUGGGCUGAAGACAAAAGCAACCAGGACAUCCACUUCAUGUUUCCAUUGACUUUCAGAGAGCUGAAUGUGGUGAAAGAGAGAAAGUUCAGUUUGGUGGAACUUGUUCAUCACUUCUUCAGUGAAACCAAAGCAGCAGGAAUGUGCAGCUUUGAACACUUCCAGGUUGUGUUGAUCUUUGACGGUCUGGAUGAGUGUCGCCUUCCUCUGGACUUCCACAACAAUGAGGUCCUGACUGAUGUUAGAGAGUCCACCUCAGUGGAUGUGCUGCUGACAAACCUGAUCAGGGGGAAUCUGCUUCCCUCUGCUCGCCUCUGGAUAACCACACGACCUGCAGCAGCCAAUCAGAUCCCUCCUGACUGUGUGGACAUGGUGACGGAGGUCAGAGGGUUCACCGACCCACAGAAGGAGGAGUACUUCAGGAAGAGAUCCAGAGAUGAGGAGCAGGCCAGCAGCAUCAUCUCCCACGUGAAGACAUCACGAAGCCUCCACAUCAUGUGCCACAUCCCAGUGUUCUGCUGGAUCACUGCUACAGUUCUGGAGGAGCUGCUGAGAAGCAGAGAGGGAGGAGAUCUGCCCAGAACCCUGACUGAGAUGUUCAUCCACCACCUGGUGGUUCAGGCCAAAGUCAAGAAGGUCAAGUAUGAUGGAGGAGCUGAGACAGAUCCACAGUGGAGUCCAGACAGCAGGAGGAUGAUUGAGUCUCUGGGAAAACUGGCUUUUGAGCAGCUGCAGAAAGGAAACCUGAUCUUCUAUGAGUCCGACCUGACAGAGUGUGGCAUCGACGUGGAAGCAGCCUCAAAGUACUCAGGAGUGUUCACACAGAUCUUUAAAGAGGAGAGAGGGCUGUACAAGGACAAGGUGUUCUGCUUCGUCCAUCUGAGCGUUCAGGAGUUUCUGGCUGCAGUCUACAUGUUCCACUGUUACAUCAACAGGAAGGAGAAGGUUCUGGAGGACUUCCUGGGAAAAGACUGGAAAGACAAGAACAGAGACACUCUGGAUGUGUUCCUGAAGAGAGUGAUGGAGAAAUCCCUCAGAAGUAAAAAUGGUCACCUGGACCUGUUUGUUCGCUUCCUUCAUGGCCUCUGUCUGGAGUCCAACCAGAGACUGUUAGGAGGUCUGCUGGGUCGGACAGAGAACGGUCCAGAAAUGAUCCAGAGAGUCAUCAACAACCUGAAGGAGAUGAAGAGUGAUGAAAUGUCUCCAGACAGAAGCAUCAACAUCUUCCACUGUCUGAUGGAGAUGAAGGAUCUCUCAGUACAUCAGGAGAUCCAAGAGUUCCUGCAGUCAGAGAACAGAUCAGAGAAGAAACUCUCUGAGAUCCACUGCUCAGCUCUGGCCUACAUGCUGCAGAUGUCAGAGGAGGUUCUGGAUGAGUUGGACCUGGACAAGUACAGAACAUCAAAGGAGGGAAAACUGAGACUGAUUCCAGCUGUGAGGAACUGCAGAAAGGCUCGACUUUCUCACUGUAGACUCUCAGAGAGUCACUGUGAAGUCGUGGCCUCAGCUCUGAAGUCCAACCCCUCCCAUCUGAUAGAACUGGACCUGAUUAGAAACGACCUGCAGGAUUCAGGAGUGAAGCAUCUUUGUGAUGGACUGCAGAGUCCAAACUGUAAACUGGAGACUCUCAGAUUGGAGCGCUGCAGGUUGUCAGAGAUCAGCUGUGAUUCUCUGGUCUCAGCUCUGAAGUCCAACCCCUCCCAUCUGGAACAUCUGGACCUGAGCAGGAACUACCUGAAGGAUUCAGGAGUGAAACAUCUGAGUGGUUUUGUGGAGAGUCCAGACUGCAUCCUGAAGACUCUGAGAUUGGAGUUCUGCAGUUUGUCAGAGAUCAGCUGUGAUUCUCUGGUCUCAGCUCUGAAGUCCAACCCCUCCCAUCUGGAACAUCUGGACCUGAGCAGGAACAACCUGCAGGAAUCAUCAGUGAAACAUCUGAUAGAUCUUGUGGAGAGUCCAGACUGCAGCCUGAAGACUCUGAGAUGGAAGUGAUGCUGAUCAGGACGAUGUUUGUGGUGAGAGGAUGAAGUGUGUCCUGAUGAUCCAGAGGUUGAAGCAGCAGCAGCAGCUGGUGUGUAGAGACUCUGACUGGACCAUGUUACUGGGAGGUGGACUGGGAACCAGUAUGAAGUGUGUUGUUCCUGUAUAGUUUAGUGUUGCAGCUCCACACUGUGAAUGAUGGAGAAGUUCAGUUCAUGUUGACUUGAUCUGUUGGAGGUUGAUGUCAGGUUGCAGAGUGUUUCAGGAUGUUUGUGUCAAUGCAGGAUUAUAUUGCAGCUUAGUUUCUAUUUCCAGCUGCAGUCAAAGUUGUUGAGCUUCUCUGCCUUCAACACGUAGAACUGAUGAGAGCAAAGUGUCCUGAAAACAAGAGUUUAUUGAAGCACAUUUUACUGGGUUUUGAUCACAUCGCAUUGAGGCCACAAACUGAACAUAAAUCCAGUUUAGUCUUCAAAGGUCCAGCAGCAGCUCUGAUUGGACCAGAACCAGACCGCUGAUCCAGCAGCUCGUCCACAUGGCUCAUUCUGCCUCAGUUCACCAAAUGCUCCACGUCUGACUGUCUCCAACGUGAAUGAUGUUUUUUAAAUGAUUGUUGUGUUGAUCACGUGGAAAAUCUGGCCUCAAAGGUAACAUUAGUUUUUGAGUUAAAAGUCCUUAAAGAAGGUGGCCAUGAGGGUUUUAUGUGUCAUUUUGUACGUUCCAAUCUGUAGAACGAUGUCUGAAAUAAUAAUGACAAAUAAUGCGGCUGCAGUCCUAAAAUGUAACAUUGUCAUUGAUCUGAAUUUGUGGUCUUCAUGGAACAGCCUGCUAUGUUAGAAUAAUACAAACCAGUUCUAUGAUGGUGUAAGUUUGAUUAAAACAUGUUUCUGUCUAUUCACAUUUUCCACCAACCACAAAA